GUUGAUUCCCAAUUGGGCCACGCCAAUCUCACUACCACUAGUCCAUUUCCUUCCCCAGGUAUAACCCAAAUUGAAGAUCGUAGUAUAUAAACUAUAUAAUACGUGGUGACCUUCACAUCUCAUAUUAUCUCCAAUUUCUUACGUCAACUGGUACCAAACUUUGAGAGGAAAAGAGAGACAUGGCGGAUCUGUUCAUCAAACAAUCAAAGCAGUACGCUAUGGCUCGGCCAGGUUACCCAGAAAAGCUGUUUCAGUUCAUUGCUUCCAAGGCUGCCGCCCUCGACCUUGCAUGGGACGUCGGCACCGGUAGCGGCCAGGCUGCCCGAUCCUUAAACUGCAUAUAUACUGAUAUCAUAGAUGGUUGGUGGCUCCCAAUGAAUACUACCCAUCUAUGCCUUGUUUUAUCAGAGAAGCUAUCUGAGAUCUUCAAGAAUGUGGUGGCCACAGACACAAGCCAAAAGCAACUUGAUUGCGCUCCAAAACUCCCCAAUGUUCGCUAUGAGCACACUCCUCCAGUCCUGACCAUACCCGAAAUUGAACAAAAAUUGGCCCCAAAAUCAAGUGUUGAUUUAGUGACCGUUGCACAAGCCCUCCAUUGGUUUGACCUCCCAAGUUUCUACGAACAAAUGAAAUGGGUGCUGAAGAAACCCAAUGGGGUCAUUGCUGCAUGGUGCUACACUGUGCCUAGAGUUAACAACAAUGUAGACACCGUCUUCGAUCGAUUCUAUUCCAUUGAUGUCGAACCCUACUGGGAUCGGGCGCGUAAAUUAGUGGACAAGAAGUACAGCACUAUUGAUUUUCCGUUUGAGCCGGUUAGCGGAGAAGGCAAUACAGGACCAUUCGAGUUUGCUUCGGAGAGAUUGAUGGGUUUGGAUGAUUUUUUCACGUACAUACGGUCGUGGUCAGCUUAUCAGACGGCUAAGGAAAAGGGUGUUGACCUUCUGAGUGAUGAGGUGAUGGAGGCAUUUAAGCAAGCUUGGAAUGCUGAUGGCGGAGAUGGACAGAAGGCUGUGAACUAUCCUAUCAAUUUAAGAAUCGGAAGAGUGGGGAAUUAGUGCUUGUUCAUGGUUGGGGUUCUGUUCUAAUGUUGGGUAGUGGGAAGUUGUGAAAUGUAAACUCUUAAAUUUCAGAAUAAGCAUGAUGGUAGUUUCGUUUUUGUUGAAUGAUGUAAAUUUUAUUCAUAAAGACGAAAAUGACACUUGAAAUCCACCAAUUCCAGUCCAAUAGAGUUUUAUUAUUAAACUGAUUA